GCUUUCGUCUUCCCCUUUUGCUGGUCCUCCUCCAUUGCCCCCCUCCUUCACCUUCUCAUACUUCUCUUGUCCCUACAGCUUCCUUUAACAGACACCCAGACAUUAUGGAGGCUAUCAACUCUGAAGACAUUGUCCAGUUUUGUGCCAUCACUUCUGCGGACCCUGACGUUGCUGCCAACUACCUGACGGUAUGCGAAGGGUCCCUUGAGCGUGCAGUCACAUUGUACAUGGAGAGCGGCGGUGUCGAUUUGUCAGGAACUUCCUCAGAACCCAACAGCAAUAGCAACAAUAACAAGAGCACGCGUCGAUCACGGUCAUCUUCAAACGAUGGAUCUACAGGUGAAUUUGGAGGCAGUUUUGAUCAGGAUGAAGAGCUUGCACGCUCGCUCCAAGAAGAAGACAACAAGGUAGCCAACGCUAUUCGUGCCCCAAUCGCGCCAAGACACGAGAUGCUGCUAGGCGAUGACUAUGGCGGACACUCCAGUUCCAUGUUCGGCGGUCCCUCUCGAACGCGUGCUGCGCCUUCUGUGUUUUUGCCUCCGGAUUCUUCAGCGCUUGCCAGAGAUGCGUUUCGUGAUUUCGCUGCGGAGGCUGCCACCAUGGGAGGUGAAACCAGCCCUAAGACCUCGAGGUUGGCGGAUCUUUUCAAGGCUCCUCUGGACAUGAUGGCUAGAGGGGACUUUGAUCAGAGCCGAAAUGUUGCCAAGAACGAAAUGAAGUGGCUCAUGGUCAACAUCCAGGAAGCAGGCGUUUUUGCCUGCCAAGUCUUGAAUCGCGAUCUCUGGAGCGACCCCAGCGUGAAGGAGAUUGUGAAAGAGAAUUUUAUCUUUUUGCAGUUUUACUCUGACAGCGUCGAGGGCAAGAAAUAUGCAGCAUACUACCCACUGAAGACCUUUCCCCAUAUCGCCAUCAUCGACCCAAGGACAGCCGAGAGGAUGCACGUCUGGAGCAAAGCAAUUGACCCAGUGGACUUUCUUUCCGAUGUCUCUGAGUUCCUGGAGAUGCACUCGCUCACAGAUUCGACCUCGAAACCAUCGCAACCGAAAAAGAAGAAGAUUGUGAAGGAUGUUUCUGAUAUGACAGAGGAAGAGCAACUUCAUGCAGCCGUGCUGGCAUCGAUGGGUGGCGAUUCGUCGAGUGCAAUUGAUAUUCUAGAAGAUGAUCAGAACACACCUUCCACAUCAGUCCCCGAAGAAGCGACCCCAGCAGCAGAAGAGGUUUCGGUUUUUGAUAGCAUACAGCCUUUGCGUCACGAAGAGCCCACGGACCCUGCCACGUCGACUAGAAUUCAGUUCCGACUUAGCGAUGGCUCCCGCUUAAUGCAUAGGUUUUCCAAAGAGGCGCCUGUUCGAGCCUUGUUUGAGUUUAUCAAGGCAGAGGUCGAAGAUGCCCAAUCUCAACCGUUCGAGCUCGUGUUCAUUAGCAGGCCGCUUUUGGACGAUGUUGACAAGACCCUAGCAGAACUUGGCAUUGCGAAUGCGCAAAUUAUGGUUCAGAUGUGAAGGAGCGGUUGAACUCGAAGCAAGUAUCAAGUCGCCAAGAAUACGACCCUCACCCUGGAACAUUGUUCGUAUCAUCAAACAUAGACAAUCAAUGAUCCUCGUCCUGGAACCAUCCUCCUGGGAAGAAAUGAUGAGUACAAUACAACAUAGCACAACAAAAACAAUACAAAAUGAG